CAGCUACCUGUGCGCGUGGAGUGCCCCAGCCUGCCUCCCCACCUCCCUGGCCAUCCUCCCCGGGGGCACUAGGGAACGGCUCUGGGGAGUGUGAGGCCGCGGGACCCUCGGGGGAAGAACUGGAGCGGGAGUCGCAGCUGCAGCCGCAGUCCUGUCCUGGGAAGCCCCAGGCAGGAUGAGGAGCUGAAGUCGCCCGGCCAGGAGACGGAAAGGAAGGGAAGGGAAGGGAAGGAAGAGUCGGAGCGGGAGGGGCGUGCUGCCCGGAGUGGGGGAGAAGAUGCUUGCCUACACUGUGCAGGAUGCCACGGUGGUGGAUGUGGAGAAGAGGAGAAACCCUUCCAAGCAUUAUGUCUACAUUAUCAAUGUGACUUGGUCUGACUCCACCUCCCAGACUAUCUACCGGCGAUAUAGCAAGUUCUUUGACCUUCAGAUGCAACUUCUGGAUAAGUUCCCCAUCGAAGGUGGCCAGAAGGAUCCCAAGCAAAGAAUCAUCCCCUUCCUCCCAGGUAAGAUCCUGUUCCGGAGGAGUCACAUUCGAGAUGUUGCUGUGAAGAGACUGAAGCCUAUUGAUGAAUAUUGCAGGGCACUUGUCCGCCUGCCCCCUCACAUCUCCCAGUGUGAUGAAGUCUUUCGGUUCUUUGAGGCCCGGCCAGAGGAUGUCAAUCCCCCCAAAGAGGACUAUGGAAGUUCAAAGAGGAAAUCAGGUGCCGAUGUGAACUCAGAGCCCAUGAUCCUGGAGCAGUAUGUGGUAGUGUCCAACUAUAAGAAGCAAGAAAAUGCUGAACUCAGCCUGCAGGCUGGUGAGGUGGUAGAUGUCAUCGAGAAGAAUGAAAGUGGUUGGUGGUUUGUGAGCACAUCUGAAGAGCAAGGUUGGGUCCCAGCCACAUACCUGGAAUCCCAGAAUGGUACUCGGGAUGACUCAGAGAUCAACACCUCCAAAGCUGGGGAAGUGUCUAAGAGACGCAAGGCCCACCUGCGGCGUCUGGAUCGGCGGUGGACACUGGGCGGGAUAGUCAACAGGCAGCAGAGUCGAGAAGAGAAGUACGUCACAGUGCAGCCGUACGCCAGCCAAAGCAAAGAUGAGAUUGGGUUUGAGAAGGGGGUCACUGUGGAGGUGAUCCAGAAGAACCUAGAAGGAUGGUGGUACAUCAGGUAUCUGGGGAAAGAAGGCUGGGCACCAGCAUCCUACCUGAAAAAAGCCAAAGAUGACCUCCCCACUCGGAAGAAGAACCUGACAGGCCCUGUUGAGAUCAUUGGUAACAUCAUGGAAAUCAGCAACCUAUUGAACAAGAAGACAUCCGUUGACAAAGAGGCACCCGCAGACAGUGAGGGCCCCGAGGCCCCCGUCACCAAGAAGGAGAUCAGCCUGCCUAUCCUCUGCAGCACUGCCAAUGGCAACACAGUGGGCACUACAGAGAAGCCGGGUUCAAAGCUGGCACAGGGAUCACCAGCCGUGGCCAGGAUCGCACCCCAGAGGGCACAGAUCAGUUCUCCAAAUCUAAGGACAAGGCCCCCACCACGAAGAGAAUCCAGUCUGGGCUUCCAGCUGCCAAAGCCACCAGAGCCCCCUUCUGUAGAGGUUGAGUACUACACCAUCGCCGAGUUCCAGUCUUGCAUUUCAGAUGGCAUCAGUUUCCGGGGUGGACAGAAGGCAGAGGUCAUUGACAAAAACUCAGGUGGUUGGUGGUACGUGCAGAUUGGAGAGAAGGAAGGCUGGGCCCCUGCAUCAUACAUUGACAAGAGAAAAAAGCCGAAUCUCAACCGGCGUACCAGUACUCUGACCCGACCCAAGGUUCCUCCCCCUGCCCCUCCCAGCAAACCCAAGGAGGCUGAGGAGGGAUCAUCCGGUAGCAUAGAAGGUCAAGACUCCCCACUGAAGCCAAAAUACGAGGAGCCAGAGUAUGAUAUUCCCGCCUUUGGCUUUGACUCUGAGCCAGAGUUGGGAGAGGCUCCUGGAGAAGACAGCUCUGGGGAGAAACGUUCCCACCAGCCCCGGCGAUCUUCUCCAGCAUCUUCCCUGCAGAGGGCGAAGUUUAAGGUGGGAGAAUCAUCUGAGGAUGUGGCCCUGGAGGAGGAGACCAUCUAUGAAAAUGAGGGAUUCCAACCCUAUGUGGAGGAGGCCAAGGAAUCUAGUGGUGAGAAUGACUCCCCUAGGGGUUCCAUGCUUUCGCUCAACAGGAGAAGCUCACCCAAAUCCAAUUCCCCCAAAUCAUCCUUCAUAAAAUUUAAGGCAGAAAAAAAUGUUCAGCCAGAGCUGGGGAAAAACCACUCCACUGCCUCUUUCUCUUCUUCAGUGACCAUCAAUACUACCUGCUCCUCCUCUUCAUCCUCUUCCUCCUCCUCCUUAUCCAAGAAUGGAGACAUGAAACCCAGGUCAGCCUCAGAUGCUGGGUUACGGAGCCCUCCCAAGGGUAGUGUGAAAGAGAUUGCUGAUCUGAAAGCCGGGCAGACCUUGUGCUCCAGAACUAAGCCAUCAGUCCGACCCAAACCCUUCCUAAGUAAAGGAGACUCCCAGAGCCAAGAGAAAAUGGACAUCAGCAGCCUCCGGCGUCAACUUAGGCCCACAGGACAGCUCCGAGGUGGUCUCAAGGGUUCAAAGAGUGAAGACUCUGAAACACUUCCGCAGACAGCAUCCCAGGGACCUGAAGAGGGGUCUAGGAGAGGUUCUGCUGACUUCAUCACUCCUCCCACCCACGCUCACCCUUCCCCCAACAACUGGACCAAGAAAGAUCAAGAAAAGGAGGUUCAGGGCUCCUCCUAUAUAACUUCCGAUGCCUACCAGAAGGUCCAAGACUCGGAGAUCAGCUUCCCUGCUGGUGUGGAGGUGGAAGUCUUAGAAAAGCAGGAGAGUGGCUGGUGGUAUGUAAGGUUUGGAGAACUAGAGGGCUGGGCCCCUUCCCACUAUCUAGUCCUUGGAGAAAAUGAACAGUUAGAAUCUUCCACAAAGGAUUUGGAUUUUACUUCUACCAAGAGUAAGAGGAAUGAAGGUAAAUCAGAUAGCCUGGAAAAGAUUGAGAAGAGGGUUCAAGCGCUGAACACUGUUAACCAAAGUAAGAGAGUCACACCACCCAUCCCAUCCAAGCCACCUGGAGGUUUCUCCAAGACCUCCGGACUAAGCAAUGGACCAGUCAAGAUGAGGAACGGUGUGAGGCAGGUAACUGUAAGACCGCAAUCAGUGUUUGUGUCCCCACCCCCCAAGGAGAACAACCUCUCCUGUGCCCUACGGAGGAAUGAGUCCCUCACCGCCACAGAUGGCCUCCGCUCUGUCCGGCGGAAUUCGUCCUUCAGCACUGCUCGUACAGCAGCUGGGGAUGCCAAGGGCAGGUUGGUAGAGAGGGCAGGAAGUGAGGGCUCUGAGUCAUCGCUGCUGUCCACCCAACGAAAUGGGAUCCCUGUGUCCACUGUCCGGCCAAAACCCAUUGAGAAGUCUCAGUUCAUACACAAUAACCUCAAAGAUGUAUAUGUCUCCAUUGCAGACUAUGAGGGGGAUGAAGAGACUGCAGGAUUCCAGGAGGGGGUGUCCAUGGAGGUGCUGGAGAGGAAUCCAAAUGGGUGGUGGUACUGUCAGAUCCUAGACAGCAUGAAGCCCUUCAAGGGAUGGGUGCCUUCCAACUAUCUAGAAAAAAAGAACUAGCCAUGUGCAGGGAACUUCUCUGGGCUGUAAUUUUGCUUGCUUCAGCUGUCUCCUGGUAAGAGAACCAAGAUGAAACCAAAAAACAAAAACAAAAAAGCAAAAAAAAAAGGAAGAAAUAAUUUUAAAAUGGGGAAACAAAACCAAGAGUGAUGGGUGACCAGAAAGCUGUUCUUCAAAUUUGUGCACCAUGGCUAAAUGGAAGGGUGUUUGCGGACCCAAAUGGAGGGUAAAUGGUUCAUAAUACUUAGAAAAGAGGUGAGGAAGAGAGUGGGAGAAUCAGGGGUAGGGGUAAAGGUGAUUGAUAUCCAAAGGUCAAUUUGGAUUGGGGUAGGGAAAGGAGAAAAGAAAAGAAAAGGGAACUUGUACUUGUAUGAUGUCACUGAUGGGCUAUGUGUGAUUGGAGCCCCCUUAGUGGAAGCAAGGCUUUGAAGGAAAACAUGACUGGCCUUUGGUCAAUAACUUGGAUAGGGUGGAGGGGAACUCCACGCCGGCCUCUCCCAGCAUGACACCCAGUCCUCCCUCAUACGCUGGCCAUAGCUACCACCUGAUUAUGGAACACCACUGGCAUCUCACCACCAAAAGCACCCCUGGUAAAAGAUGAUUUUAUUUUGGGGGUAUAGGUUGUAUCUCUUCAUCCCUCACAAAAGAGCUUUCAAGGAUGAAUUUAACCUUCCGGGCAGCUUUGUUUAAGGGAAAGAAAAAAAAAAGAUUAUAGGGCAGGGUAGAGUCUAGAGGCUUUGGAGGUUGGAGAAAUUUUGCAUCUAAGCCCAGUACAGGACAGAAACCCCAGUAUCUGUCUGUUGUCCUUGGCCAACUCUGGAGUUGGGGUUUCUAGACUUCUUGCUUCCUUUGGCAAACCCAAGGAAGAGGUUUACAGUGUAUUCUGUUUAAAGGAAAAUGUUCCCUUCAGUCCUGCGUAGUGAUGCUACUCCCUCUCUUUUUACAAUCAUUGCCUCUUCUCCCCAGCCCUCAAGAAGAGAACCAGUCCCUCAUUCUACCAGGCUGUGGGUUCUCUGUUGAUGAAGGCAAUAUCAUUGCAGCAUUAGUGUUUACAAAGAAAGAAAAGGCUAAACCAUCAGUUCGAAAUCUGCAUAAGCAUCAUUUGUAUUUUAGUAGUGGUACAGGGUACUCUGUGUGUGUGUGUUCAUGUGCACAUCUCUGGUCACUGUUUUGCUCUGUGUUUAGGGCUUUGAUUUUUAUUAUAUUUGAUGGAUUUGUUUGG